AGCGGUUCUUGGCUCAACAGGUGGAAGAUGGUUGCUCCCAGCGGACGGGAUCCCACAGGGGCCCUCGGCGGAUGGAUGCGGUCUAUGCCCAGCUGCUGCAGCUCCAGUCCGAAGGAGUUCCCGAGCCUGCCGCUGAAGGAGGGCAGCUGCAGCAGCUUGAGCAGCAGCAGCAGCUGGAGCAGCAGCAGCAGCAGCAGCAGCAGCAGCUGGAGCAGCAGCACACCUUGGAAGAGCAUGUGCUGGCCUUGCGCCUGCAGCAGCUCCAGGCGCUGCUUGCCGAGCAGUACCUGCUCCACUUCCGCGGCAUCCCUCUGGAGCCCAGCGUCGUCGAGUGGCUCCUGCAGGAGCUCCAGCAGCUGUGUCCAGAUCCUGCCGACGGAUGCGCGGCCGCCGUCUUGGCUGGCGCCGCAGCCACCGCCACAGCGGCCGUCGCAGCCGCGUACGCCGAGGGGCCAGAGGCGCUGGGACCAGAGGCGCUGGGGCCAGAGGCGCCGGGGCGAGAGCCCGACGCCGCAGAGGCUGGCAAGCGAAGGCCCCGCCGCCACGGCAGGGGCGGCCGCGCGCAGGCCCCCUCGCGCGCCGCCGCGGAGAGCCGGCGGGAGGCAAACCCAGCGGCAGCCACCAACGAUGCGGCGGAGGAGGUGCAGCAGGU